CUCCUUCUGUUUCUUCACUUUACCUUUUUCCUCUCCUUUUUUGAUUAGAGAUCUUCUUCCUCGUCUUCUUCAUCACCAUCUCUUUCACCCUCUUCAUUAUUUCCUUCUCUUUUCACAUCUUCUAUGGCGGUUUUACCUAGAAGCUUCUCCAGCUUGGAAUUGACCAUGUCUGUCCCAGGCUUUCCUUCUUCACCAACUCUUCUUCCAUCAUCAUCUGUGAAAGAGUUGGACAUAAACCAAGUACCCUUAGAAGUAGCAUGGAUGGCAUCAAACAUGGAAGACGAAGAAGAAAGCAGCAAUGGAGACCCUCCCCGCAAGAAACUUCGUCUCACAAAGGAACAGUCCCGUCUCCUUGAAGAAAGCUUUAGACAAAAUCACACUUUAAACCCAAAGCAGAAAGAGUGUUUGGCAAUGCAGCUGAAGCUCCGACAGAGGCAGGUGGAGGUGUGGUUUCAGAACCGUAGGGCCAGGAGCAAGCUGAAGCAGACAGAGAUGGAAUGUGAGUAUCUGAAGAGGUGGUUUGGGUCACUGACAGAACAGAACCGGAGGCUACAAAGGGAGGUAGAGGAACUCAGGGCUAUGAAGGUGGGUCCACCCACUGUGCUAUCCCCUCACAGUUGCGAGCCAUUGCCAGCGUCAACCCUAACCAUGUGUCCCCGCUGUGAGCGUGUCACAACCACCGUUUCCGCCGCCGACAAAGCAGCCACCGCCGCCGCCACUUUGUCGCCUAAAGUGGUGACGCCUGCCCUCCAAUCCCGCCAACCUUCCGCGGCGUGUUGAACCGAUUUUAUUCUACUCGUGCACGGCACCUAAAUGAGACACGCAAUGCAAAACAAAACGUAACAAGAGUGAAGGAAAAUCAGAAACAUGUUUCAUAGCUUUUACAAAAAGGUGUGUUGAUGAGGGAGGGAAAAAAACUUUUGUUAUAAUAUUUCUCAAUGGUCAAUGCAUAUAUUUGCGCUUGAAUGCUAUAUUGCUUGUCAUUUUUCAAAUAUGAAAAUGGCACAAAAAUAACCUAAUUCAAAAUUUUCACAAGGCGUAUAUUUGAGUAGGGGGAAAAAAACA